AUGUUGAUUGCACUGAAACCAACUGAACAAACACCACUUAGUGCACUUUAUUGUGCUGCUCUUAUCAAAGAGGCUAACUUUCUACAAGGUGUUGUCAACAUCAUACUAGGUGAUGGGCCUGAAUUUGGUUAUGCAAUUGCUGUUCACGCACAUAUUGAUAAAGUAGCUUGUACUGAGUCAGUUGAAAUAAAACAUUCACUAAUAAAACUAAAAAGAAAUGA